AUGCCGCUCAAAAAUGAUAUAAAUACAGAGCAACCUUGUCAUUCUAAAGCUUGUGCCAUCCAAGAUUGUCUUGCAAAGAAUAAUUACAAUGAAGAGAAGUGUAGAUCACAGAUUGAUGCACUAUAUGAUUGCUGUAAUGCAUUCUAUGAGAAGAAUGGUGAUGAUGCAAAGAGUGUCUCCUGUCCCAAGGCAAAUUUGCUACGGUUGAGGAUGAAGCAGAGAUCAGAAGAGAGACAGGCAUGA